UAUAGUCUGCUCAGUUGUCGCAAAAUGACCAAAGCAACGCGGUCGUCGUGGUGUCUGCUGCUGGUGGCCGGCCUCGUGGUCGCGGCCGCCGACCCCACGCAACCCCCGUGCCACCCCAACUGCCAGCAGGUGGCCAACGCGGACCACGACGCCAGGGUGCAGAUGAUCAAGCACAGCAUUUUGAGCAAACUGCGUCUGCAGCAUGCGCCGCGGCCCAACCUCACGCUGGCCGCCCUGCCGCGGCCGCUGGCCUCCAUCUACGGCGACAUGCACGAAAACUCAUUCGAGGAGUACUACGGAAAGACGGACAGGGUCAUUUUGUUUCCAGACGCAGGCUUGGAAAAAUGCAGCCCAUCAGACGCUACAGCCUCCUGCUUCACGUACACCCUUCCGAAAAACUUGGCCGACGAGGGAAGCAUCGAAUCAGCAGAGUUUUAUCUCAAUCGGCACACUUUUCGAGGAGUUAAUCGGCACGUGGAGCACCUUAUCAACGUAUGGGCCGCCAAUGCCUCGUCCGACCGGCUGGAAAUAGUUGAAAUGAUUGCCUCCACGUGGUCCAAGCUCAAAGAGAACUGGAUAAAACUGGAGAUUUCUAAGAGCUGGGUCAAUAGUUCAGUGUCAAGACAAAAACUCAAAGUGGAAUGCACAACGUGCACUAGGAAGAGUCACAUUAGGAAGGACCAACUGCCUUUCUUAGCAAUCAAUACUCGCUCCACCCCAGCGCCCCAAAGAUUGCGGCGCAGCGUCGAUUGCGCGCCGGGAUUGAAGGAGUGCUGCAGAGACAGUUUGACCAUCAAGUUCAGUGAUAUAGGUUGGGACAAGUGGGUGUUGCAGCCCACCAGCUACGAUGCAUUUUUCUGCAGGGGAUCUUGCUCCACCGUGGCGUCUGUUGCUCACAGUGGAUCAGUCCACUCAACGCUUAUUCAGAGAGCAGCAAGUUCAUCUUUGGCCAAGGACAAGGUGGACCUGGCCCCGUGCUGCACCCCGACAAAGAUGGCAUCCUUGCAAAUGCUUUACGUGGGUGAAGAUAAUGCGGUGAUCUUAAAAACGCUGCCGAACAUGAUUGUGGAAUCGUGCGGAUGCUUGUGAUAUGCGGGACGCACUUAGAUUUAAUUUAUUUAUUUAUUUUCAACUCGCUCUCUGUAAUGGUUAAGAUUUUCAAUGGUCUCACUUAACAGUUAAGACUGAUCUGAAGUGCUUCUCAUUUCUAAGUUAUUAACAUGGACACGCAAACUGAAGGUGAUGGCUAUUUAUUAGUUUUUCAUUGAUGAUAUUAUUUAGGAUUUUGCUUUUUGUUUGAAAUUACGCACUGUAACAUCAUGUUUGUAAUAUUUAUUAGAACUAUUUCUCCAUUCAACGGCUUAUACAGUAAAUCGUACUUCAAAAUUAACUUAAAACUCUCAUUUUACUGGAAGACCAUUAUGAUGAACACUUUCAGCGUCACAAUUAUUGUCUCAUUUUGUUACAUAGCAAAAUAUAAGUUCUGAUUUUAAGGAUUGGUAUCGUAUUUGGCUUUUAUAAAGGCGUUUAAGUGUAUGAAUUCAACUACUUGUAAUGUGUUGUACAACAGUCACGCAAACAGCAAACAGAAAAAAUGUGGCUGGCCAAGGCAAUAAAACUUGGAUGAAAAUCACAA